AUGUCCAUCCAGGAAGAGAAGAAAUCUGAAUCCUUUACAGAAAAUGCAGUCGCAGUGUCAAAUGACGAUGACGACUUUAGGCUGUUGACUGCAGAGGCCAGGCAGGCGGGAGAACGGGCGCUGGUGCGCAAAUUAGACUGCCGGCUGAUGAUCACUGCUGUGGUCAUAUUCAUCUUGAACUACAUUGAUCGUGUCGCUAUUACUACUGCGCGGCUGCAAGGUUUAGAGCAAGAUCUUGGAUUGACGACCGUUCAGUAUGAAACCAUCCUAGCUAUUCUUUAUGCCACUUAUUGCCCGAUACAAAUACCCUCGAACAUGAUCUUGGGCUAUAUUUCACGACCAUCAAUUUAUAUUGGGGCUUGCGUUGUCGGAUGGGGCCUUACCAGUGCUUUGACUGGGGUUACAACUAAUUUUUCAGGUAUCAUGGCUUGUCGUGUGUGCAUCGGUAUUCCUGAGGCUGCGUUCUAUCCUGGUGUCAUGUAUUUGCUUUCGCGAUGGUAUACCAGGAAGGAGCUUGCCGCGCGGUCAGCGUGGUUCUAUUGUGGCUCUUUAAUCUCGAAUGCAUUUGGAAGCUUAAUUGCAGCUGGAAUUCUCGCAAGAAUGCAAGGCGUACUGGGACUUGCGGCCUGGAGAUGGUUGUUCUACAUAGAGGGUGCUAUCACCAUGUCCUUUGGCUUCUUGACCAUGUGGCUUCUUCCAGAUUUUCCCCAUAACACCCGAUGGCUUAACGCAGCGGAACGCCGCUUGAGUCAAGUUCGUCUCGCAGAAGAUGCAGGGGAGGCUGACAAGGAUUCCGACGACGUGCUACUCCGUAUCACUUUUGUUAAUUUGGCGUAUCGUUCGGAACGUCAUAGCAUUUACGAUGGCUUUUGGCUGGCCAUCAAGGAUCCAAAGACCAUCAUUUUCAUGUUCAUGACCUGCAUGCAACUUCUAGGCCUGAGUUUCACUAACUUUUUCCCCACCUUGACUGCCACGCUUGGUUUUAACACUACUAUCACACUUUUGAUGGCGGCUCCUCCGUGGAUAUUCACGUCAGUCUGCUGCGUACUCAGCGCAUGGCAUGCAGAUAGGUCUGGAGAGCGAUUCUUCCAUAUUGCCGGCUGGUGGUGGGUGGUCAUCAUCGGAUAUAUCAUCUCUCUAUGCACCAUGGCUACGGGUGGGCGAUACUUUUCCUUGUUCCUCAUGACCACAGGAUAUUGCGGAUUUGCCUUGACAUUGACCUGGGUUUCAAACGCCAUUCCUCGUCCACCGGCAAAACGCGCCGCAGCCAUAGGUCUUGUCAAUGGGUUUGGAAACCUCGGUAACUUGAUUGGCUCGUAUGUCUGGAGUGCUUCGUGGGGUCCUCAAUAUCAUCAAUCCAUGAUUAUAGCACUGUGCAGUCUGGUCUUGUCCUCAGCCCUGGGCUUCUUAAUGCGGUGGAUAUUAAUCAAGGAGAAUAAGAACAUGGAUAUGGAGGAGAAGAGAUUAAUGGAGGGUCCUGGCCGCAAACGUAUUGAAGAAGCUGCUAGAUUGGAAGGGAUUACAUUCGAGGAGGCUGUGAAAAGAAAGAAGGGCUUCAGGUAUCUCUAUUGAUCUUCUUUUUUUUCGCAUCAGACUAUAUGGCUUUGGGCAUUGACCCAAUAUUGGACGUCAUAAGCCUGAGCUUUGUUUUUUGCCAUGGGACGAGACAGACUCUUACUGUAUUGAUAUUUGAAGAGACCAUUGCGUCACGUACAAUACAUCUUUUAUGACGGUUGGACUCGGUACUCCAUCACUGAUUUGUGAGUCGACGUACUUGCAGAGUUUGAAUAAUCAAACUUGGCGCAGGGCAACUUGAAUUCAUGACUCAAAAAGUA